CCAGGACCUGGGCACUAUGGACUCCCCCCGACCAUUGGAUUCAUUGGCCACGACUAUACAAAGCCAUCCAGUCCUGCUUACUCCUUCCAUGGCAGGAUGAGCCAUAAUAUGUAUUACGUUGACUCCAGUCCCGGGCCGCUGUAUUGCGUGGAUGCAAAAAUGACUCGCUUUGGAAAAGAUGGCAUACCUGCAUUCUCAAUAUUGGGGAGACUCAAACCACAGAAGGAGCUGCUCCACACCCCCGGGCCUGGCGCGUACAGCCCAGAGAAAGCGCCUCCUUGCAAUCUUCAGCGCAGGCCGCCGUCUUACACGAUGGGCACGCGCACACAGUACCGCAGCGUGGACCCAGUUCCGGCCCCCAACAGAUACUGCCUGCCCCCCGUCCUGGGUCCCCAGGUCCCGAACAAGCCGGCCAGCACGAGCUACACCAUGUCGGGGAGUUACAGCGCGGGAGGCCCCUCUGUGGAUUUGGCGAAGACCCCGGGGCCCUGCGGCUACAACAGCACGGACCCCAACGUUUACCUGACCCGGAGGCCGGCGUAUUCCAUGCUGGGACGGGGCAGCUCGGUCAGGGAAAGCGCCAAGAAACCCGGUCCCGGGACUUAUAAUCCAGAGAGGGUCACGAUUCACAAAGCCCGGGCGCCAGCCUACUCCAUGGGAACCAGACACUCGGAAUUUGUCACUCCACUUGUUGUCAGCCUCUCUGAC